AAUCUAUUUUUAUAGGUCAGUGUGCUGUUUCUAUUUCUAAUCUGAUCCAUAUUUUUCAAUUGACCUUCACAACAAUAAAAAUGGCUGGUGUGCACAAAUUGACAACAGGUCUUACAGGGCUACCAGUAGCAAGACAUCCCCAUAAGACCCUUAAAGUCUUAUAUUCUAGAAUCUUAGCGUACAUCAAUAAGAUGCCCUCUGAUGCUGGUUAUCGUAAACACACUGAACAGAUUACUAAUCAGCGUUUACAUUUAGUGAAUUCUGAGACUGAUGUUCAGAAAUUGGAAGAAAAAAUCAACUGUGGUCAAAUAGAGGAAGUUAUUAAACAGGCUGAAAGGGAACUAACCUUAGCCCGUAAAAUGCUUGAAUGGAAACCAUGGGAGCCUCUUGUUGGCCAAGCUCCUCCAAAUCAGUGGAAAUGGCCUCUAGCCUAGUUCAAAUUAUUUUUUGUUUUUUUUAUUUAUGAGACACAUUAGCAAGUGUGUGUUAAGACUAUUAGAUUAUUAAAAAUACUUUUAAAAGCAAAAAA